AUGGAGAUUGAAAAUAUCGUGGCCAACACGGUUCUCCUGAAGGCAAGAGAAGGUGGCGGAGGGAAGAGAAAUGGCCGGAGUAAGAAGUGGAAAGAGAUGCUAAAACUUCCUCACAUCAGUCAGUGUGAGGAGCUACGCCGCACUAUUGAGAGGGACUACACCAGUUUAUGUGAGAAGCAGCCCAUUGGUCGGCUGUUGUUUCGUCACUACUGUGACACAAGGCCUGAGCUCAAACGCUGCAUUGAGUUCAUGGAUGCUGUGGCCAUAUACCAACUAGCCCCUGAUGAGAAGAGGAGGGACUACGGACUGAAUGUUUUAGACACAUACUUUAAUAAUGGGUCAGCGGCCCAUCUGCCCGACAUACCGCAGGACCUGGUGGCUGCUUGUCGGGAGAGACUGGAGCAGAGUCCGUGCAAGGAGCUCUUCAAUGACUGCACCAAAAUCGUUCGUGAUUAUCUGAGUGGAGCUCCGUUUUCCUCUUACCAGGAGUCCAUGUACUUCUCUCGCUUCCUGCAGUGGAAAUGGUUGGAAAGGCAACCGGUUACCAAAAAUACCUUCAGACAUUACAGAGUGCUGGGAAAAGGAGGCUUUGGCGAGGUUUGCGCCUGCCAAGUGCGUGCCACUGGUAAGAUGUACGCCUGCAAAAAGCUGGAGAAGAAACGAGUGAAGAAAAGAAAAGGGGAAGCAAUGGCAUUAAAUGAAAAACGCAUUUUAGAAAAAGUCAACAGUAGUUUUGUAGUUAAUCUAGCUUAUGCCUAUGAGACCAAGGAUGCGCUGUGCCUGGUGUUAACCAUAAUGAACGGUGGUGACCUGAAGUUUCACAUCUACAACAUGGGGAACUCUGGGUUUGACGAGCAGCGGGCUAUAUUCUAUGCUGCGGAGAUCUGCUGUGGCCUUGAGGACCUGCACCGUGAGCGAAUAGUCUACAGGGAUUUGAAACCCGAAAAUAUUCUUCUUGAUGAUCGCGGUCACAUUCGUAUUUCUGACCUGGGACUGGCUGUUCAAAUCCCAGAAGCAGAGACGAUACGAGGGAGGGUCGGCACAGUUGGAUAUAUGGCUCCAGAGGUGAUCCAGAAUGAGAGCUACACCUUCAGUCCAGACUGGUGGGGACUGGGCUGUUUGAUCUUUGAGAUGAUCCAGGGCCAGUCACCGUUCCGAAAGCGUAAGGAACGUGUCAAAAGAGAAGAAGUGGACAGACGAGUGCGUGAAGACCAGGAGGAAUACUCCGAUAAGUUCUCUGAGGAAUCAAAGAACAUCUGCAGACAGCUCUUGUCUAAAGACCCCAAGGAGCGGCUCGGCUGUCAGGGUCAGGGGGGCACAGAGGUCAAGCAGCACCCCAUCUUCAGGAACAUAAACUUCAAACGACUGGAGGCCAACAUCAUGGACCCUCCCUUCAUUCCUGAUCCGCGGGCCGUUUACUGUAAAGACGUUCUGGACAUUGAGCAGUUUUCUACUGUCAAAGGUGUGAACCUGGACCCCACCGAUGAUGACUUUUAUCACAAGUUUGUCACAGGCAGUGUCUCCAUCCCCUGGCAAAAUGAGAUGAUAGAGAUGGAGUGCUUCAAAGAAAUAAAUGUUUAUGAAACUGAUGGGGUACUGUGUGCGGAUUUGGAUGUGAACCGACCCAACCCUCCACCAAAGAGAGGCUUCUUCUAUCGCCUGUUCAGAAGAGAGGUCUGUUUUAAAGGGGGCUACAGUGAAGACGAGGCCGAGGAGCCCUCACGACUCUAA